CCUCCGCCCGCCUCCCGCCCGCCCCCGGCCCACGCUCCCUCCGGGUUCCGGGUUAAGAUGGCGUCCCCGGUGACCAUUGCGGCGCAGGCCGGGAAACUUCUGCGAGAGCGAGCGCUGCGGCCGAGGCUUCUGGCGGCCGGGUCCCAGGCAGUUCACUUAACCUCUAGAAGAUGGCUGAACCUUCAGGAAUACCAGAGCAAGAAGCUCAUGUCAGAGCAUGGGGUGCGAGUUCAACGGUUCUUUGUAGCAGACACUGCGAAGGAGGCCCUGGAGGCUGCUAAGAGGCUAAAUGCAAAAGAAAUUGUUUUAAAAGCCCAGAUCUUAGCUGGAGGAAGAGGAAAAGGUGUCUUCAAUAGUGGUUUGAAAGGAGGUGUUCAUUUAACAAAAGACCCUAAUGUGGUGGGAAAGCUGGCUCAGCAGAUGAUUGGGUAUAAUCUAGCAACAAAACAAACCCCAAAAGAAGGUGUGAAAGUUAAGAAGGUGAUGGUUGCUGAAGCCCUGGAUAUUUCCAGAGAAACCUACUUUGCCAUUCUGAUGGACCGGUCCCACAAUGGUCCUGUGCUAGUGGGCAGUCCCCAGGGGGGCGUUGACAUCGAAGAGGUUGCGGCUUCCAACCCAGAACUCAUCUUUAAGGAGCAGAUUGACAUUUUUGAAGGCAUAAAGGACAGCCAGGCCCAGCGGAUGGCAGAAAAUCUGGGCUUCCUCGGGCCUUUGAAAAACCAGGCUGCAGAUCAAAUUAAGAAGCUGUAUAAUCUCUUCCUGAAAAUUGAUGCUACUCAGGUGGAAGUGAAUCCUUUCGGUGAAACUCCAGAAGGACAAGUUGUCUGUUUUGAUGCCAAGAUAAACUUUGAUGACAAUGCUGAAUUCCGACAAAAGGACAUAUUUGCUAUGGACGACAAAUCAGAGAAUGAGCCUAUUGAAAAUGAAGCUGCCAGAUAUGAUCUGAAGUACAUAGGACUGGAUGGGAACAUUGCCUGCUUUGUGAAUGGUGCAGGACUUGCCAUGGCUACUUGUGACAUCAUUUUCCUCAAUGGAGGGAAGCCAGCCAAUUUCUUGGAUCUCGGAGGUGGUGUAAAGGAAGCUCAAGUGUAUCAAGCCUUCAAGCUGCUCACGUCUGAUCCUAAGGUGGAAGCCAUCCUCGUCAAUAUUUUUGGUGGGAUCGUCAACUGUGCCAUCAUUGCCAAUGGAAUCACCAAAGCCUGCCGGGAACUGGAGCUCAAGGUACCCCUGGUGGUCCGGCUUGAAGGAACCAAUGUCCAGGAAGCUCAGAACAUCCUCAAAAGCAGUGGACUCCCCAUCACUUCAGCCGUGGACCUGGAGGAUGCAGCCAAGAAAGCUGUGGCCAGUGUGGCCAAGAAGUGACACCUUCCUGCUGGCUCCCAUGCAGAGGGAUGCUACUCACAUCACUGUGAAACAAUGGUUAUCUCACUGGGAAGGACACACACACAAAUCACUAUCUGAAAAAAUCUUAACGUCUGAAUUUUCUCAAAUAAGCUGUCUAGAGUGCUAAAUCUGAUUUUACACAUGUAGACUUUGUAAGCUUCAUGACUUUCUUAUGCCUGUCCAAUAGACAGGGUUUGCCAACUCUGGUGUACAAUCACAAUGGCCAGAUAAUGUGCCUAUGUAUAGUAUUUGAAGCCACAUCUGGGAUCAUUUACACGAAGUUUGUAGACAUCUAAUCUUUCAUAACAGAAAAAUUAUAGGAUGCAUACACAACCUCAGACAGGAUUAUAUUUAGCAUAUUAACUUCCCAAAGGAUACAGCUAAGGCAUUUGAGCAAAUAGUUUUUAUGACUACAGCAAUUUUUCCAAGUUUCUGAUUCCAACAUAUUUAGAAAAAAAACCAUAAAUGUUCACAAAUGUAUUUUACAAUGGAAGCUCCACAUUAAUGUGUACACAUUACAUGCAAUCUACCCUGUGCCUAUAUGUUGAAAAUACUGUUUACCUCAUACUAAAAUUCAACCCAGAAGCCUUAUUUAUGAGUUUAAAUAGAAGCUUCCAUGUUCACGUCAUAAUUGGUGAAUGAUAGUUUUUAUGAAAACCUGUAUAAGCCAUUUCGUCAGGAGGUAGCACAGAAGAGCAGACUGUUGACUCAGUGUUCUCUUUCUUGUCCCCCUCUACCCAGGGUCUACUUGCUGUGGCAGAAAGAUGCGAAAAUGGAGUUAAAGAGAAUGUGGCCUUUCACAUAAUGUCCAUUUUUGUAAUGGAAAAUUUUUGAAUUUGAUUCUUGUUUAAUUUUGGUAAAUUUUUAUUGGUAUAAAAUUGUUUUUAAAUGUU